AUGCUGGAUUUGACACUGCUUCCCAUUCUCAUUCUCGCUGCUCCAUCAGUCAUCCCCCCCUUCUAUCUUCACGCAGCUUUGAGUGGACGACCGAGUUACAGCGAUAUCUUCUUGCUCUGCCUUGGAAUGCAGACUCCAUUGUCCCCAACUGCACUCAAUGAAGGCGAAUAUCCAGCUGUAGCCGCGAUGACCACUGGCUAUGUUUUCAGAGUUGAGAAUCAGGCCAUGGUGAUGUUCCUGCAGCGCGUCGGGAGAACUGGACACUUGGUUACCCUUGAAGUCGUGUCUGAUCCUGCCGGAGAAUCUGGGCGGAGACUUACACGACCACGCUUUCACAUGAGCUUCUGGAUUUCUGCGCUACUGCUGGCCUGUGGCCUCAGAUCUGUGCGUGCUGACUGGUUCUUGGUAUCAAGCGUCUCACUGCUCCUUUUGUCGCGACUACUUUCGAUCAUAAGUCUUCGUGCAAAGACGGCGCCUUCCUGGCACGGAGCGUCAGAACCCGGCACUGAAGGGGAUCUAUUAAUCCUGCUAUCGCAAGAUCGUUGGGUCCGCAUGCGAGGGCUCGUGGAUGAUCUGAAAGCUGUGACCUCUGGAAGUUGGCUCCAUGAGGCCGAUAAUCCGGUUGUGAUGCAAGCGUUCGAAUGGACGGCUCGCGUGCUCGUCUACUUGGCCGUGGUAAUAUUGGCGAAUGCGACGCGGGAGAACAAAAUGAUCCUCCUGGCGGAUUUAUUUAUCAGCCACGGGGUGUUGGUAUUCUCAAAUGCACAGACCAAGGGGCUGAGACUGAACAGCCGGAAGAUCAACAUUUCAAGCAACGAAGGAAGCAUCAAGAGCUAUAACCGCAGGUUAGAUCUGGCACAGGACCUGGUCAAAGAAAUAGGAAGGAGCGAUUGGGCAAUUCGGCUCGGCAUCAUCAAUCCAGAAGAGGUUGAUCCAGCUUCAAGAGGAACAGAAAGCAAAUAUCAGGAUCCCGAACACGAGAUAGUGGCAAUGUGA